CCGAGCGUUAAGGGAACGAGUAAAGGGAAAUUAAGGUGAAUUCGGGAUCUUCGCCUACGCAAGUGGAGAUCGUUGGUCGGAAAGAGGGAGCGAAGAGAACUCUAGGGUUGCCGCAGAGGCGAGCUGUGAGAGCCUCCGCGGCGGCGCCUUGUUCAGCUCCGCUGCCAUUGUUGUCGCCCGUCGUAGGUAGUAGGGAAGAAGUGGUAAGAGGUACCGAGAUCGAGAGGGAGGGAGGGAGAAAAAAGAGCGGGCUGUCCGGUCUCCAUUAUCGCCACCACCGCCACCAAGCUUCGUUCUCCGUCGCUCUCGUCGCUGCUGCCGUUCCUCUCUUCCCGCUUCAUAUUCGUUGCUCCGCGGCCCUCGGAUCGUCCAGUAGUUUGGUAAAGCUCCUUCCAUGAUAUGAUGAAAUCGAGAAUAGAUGACUUGUCGAUUUGCUUUUUUUGGAAGAAUGCUUGAUGAGUUGGAAGCAUUUGUUGUUUGAUUGGUGUUUGUUGCUUGGAAACUGCUCCGAUCAACUUGAAUAUUGAUGUUUUGUGUUCUAUUGCUGAUAUAACUGGACAAUGUUGGCUGUAAUGGACAAGUUAGAGACAGGGAAUGGCUUCUCUCCGUAGUCCUCUGCCGAGGAAAUGUGAAAGCGAUUGCUUUGUCCUUUGAUCUUCGGCUGUAUGUAAGCAAAGUGCUUACCCAUUGGUUCAUUAUCUUCUAACUUUUCCACCUGCGGUCAUUAGUUCAAGUAGAUGCGGCUAAGUCGUAGACUGGGAUUGAAUUUGAUUUGAUGAUCUUGGGUUUGUUUUAGUUUUACAUGUCUACUGGAAGGAAGUGUGGUAGCUUUCGUGUCUAGCUUGUAGUUCCUCUGAUGUAUGAGCUAGCAGCUUACUUCGAGAUCAUAUGGACAGUUGAUGCGCAGUUAGUCUUGGAUAGUUGGAUGUUAUUUAAUGGAUGUUGGUGUUAAAAGCUAUUGUCAUGAUCGUAUGCAUGAUAAUUUUAUAUAAACAUGUUUCUUUCCCACGAUUGCCCGAUCGUCUUUGUUGGAUGUUUUAAGUUUUUUUCUUCUGGUUUCUAUUUGAGGAAAAUGAUUCACUUGUUGGUUAUGGAAAAUUGGAUCUCUGCAAGUAUGUGGUUGAGCCUUGUCUGACCUGUCACCUCAUCCUGGAUGUUAAAAAGCUGGAUUUCUCGAAAUAUUGUUAGAAGCGAGGACCCUUCACAGCUCAAUGUUGACUUAUUAGGCAGGCUUUAGAGAAGCUACAACUUAGUUGUUAUUCUUCCAGUUGAUUUUCCUAUGUGCAUCUUAUAUAGAGCUGUGUACGGGGUCGUACAUGUUGCUUUUGAAAUUGAUGUGAUGUAUAUUUUGUUUCACUUGUCUUUUUCUUUCCCAGUCUUCUGAGUUCUUAAGAAGGUUUAAGUUUUAAGCUUGUCCUGUUCCUUUCUUGUCUUCUUUGUUGGUCUGAUCCUAGCCUUUUGCCAAUAGAUCUAUUUGUAGCUUGCUUUGUUUCAUUAGACUUUUUCUUUAUUACCAAAAUGUGAUGGGUAUGCUUUGGUCUCCUCUUUCACUGCAUCAUCUGUCUCUUUCCAGUUUCUCUGAUUCCUGCAACUAUGUUGGCCAUUCUUUGGUUUUCCUCCAUUUUACUUGGUCCUUCACAUAUGAAGUUAAUUUUUCCCCUUGUUGCUAAUUUUGCAUAUGAUUGUAUUUGCAGGGUUGACCUGGUCCUUCUGAUGGAUUGUUAGGCAGGGAUCUAGGCACAUAGUCUAGUACUUUCUGCUUUCUUCUGCCUGCUUUAUCACGUAAAUGGGCUGCUUUAGCUCCAAGGUACUUAGGCAGUUUCCAGGACACGAGGAUCCAGUAGCUCUUGCUUCACAAACAGCUUUCAGUGUUAGUGAAGUUGAAGCACUGUUUGAACUCUUCAAGAGCAUUAGCAGUUCCGUUAUUGAUGAUGGGCUGAUAAGCAAGGAAGAGUUCCAGUUGGCUCUUUUCAAGAACAGAAAGAAAGAGAACCUCUUCGCAAACAGGAUAUUUGAUUUAUUUGAUACUAAGCACAAAGGUGUGAUUGAUUUCGGGGACUUCGUCAGAUCACUCAAUGUGUUCCAUCCUAAUGCCCCGCAAGAAGACAAGAUUGAUUUUUCAUUUAAACUCUAUGAUCUGGAGAACACAGGAUAUAUCGAACGUCAUGAGGUUAGACAAAUGGUGAUCGCUCUUCUUUGUGAAUCCGAUAUGAAGUUAACUGACGAGACCAUCGAGAUAAUUCUUGACAAGACAUUCUCGGAAGCUGAUAUAGACAACGAUGGGAAGAUAGACAAGAGCGAGUGGCAUAACUUCGUCUUCAAGAAUCCAUCUUUGCUAAAGAUAAUGACCCUUCCCUACUUGAGGGAUAUUACCACUACAUUCCCAAGUUUUGUUUUCAACUCAGAGGUGGAUGAAAUUGCUACCUGAGGUGGGGAAAAAAAAAAAAGAGAAACAGAAGUGAGAAACUGAACACUUCUUACUGAUGCAAGUUGCAGUCUAUGUGAAAGAUUGGCUGUUUAAUCCAUGGAAAUAGAGAUUAGUAGCGAUAUUUAGCGGGUAUUGAUGAUGUGUCGGGGUGCGAGUGAUCUGAUUUUUUCUUUUUUGGUCCACUUAUUUCUAACAUCUUACAGAAUUCGGCCUGUAUUUGAGCCCUCGCUACAUACAAAAGAAGAAGAAAAACCGUAUAUCCCUGUUACGGAGUUUUGAGUUUGAUGUUCCUUUUUAUUUUUUGAUGUUCCUACUUGUAGAGGAGAUGAGGGUGUAUACCCAUAUAAUAAAUGUUCUUUUUUUAG